AUCGAUUUGCAUUUUCUUUUCUUGUAGAGCAAAUGAAACUUGAACACGUCGUUUUACCGAUUGUUUAAUUAUUGAGCUCUUUUCGCAUCCUUGUUAUAUGAGAUCACCGUUGUCAGCUGUGCGUAAAUCAACGGGGAAAACAUCAACUUUCUUCGACAUUCAGCGCAAGAAUUUUAGAUUAACUUUAGUGAAACAAAUACAGCUUGUAUGCAGAACAGGAGUGGUGCAUAGCACGGAAGUACAUAUGCUUUAUGUCUGGCAAACAAAACAACUUCGCUAAAGUGAUCUGAUAUUUAAAACACAGCCAGUGGUGUUUAAAUUUAAACAAGAUGACGCUACAGUGGACAUUUGUAGCUACCUGUUUGUACAUUGAGGUAUUCAUCAUUCUUCUGCUGAUGAUGCCUUUCAUCUCUCCCCCAAGAUGGCAGACGAUAUUUCGAUCAAGGAUUGUGUCAUCAGUCAAGAGUUAUGCCAAUCUGUAUUUCAACAUUUUCAUUUUUGUUCUUCUGUUACUUUUCUUUGAGUCCAUUCGAGAAGUUCGCAAGUAUUCAGAACCGAUGAGCUUGGAAGACCUUAAACACCAUCCAGAGGCUGAGACCAUGUACCACAUGAAGCUUUUCCGUGCUCAGCGCAACCUCUACAUUGCAGGCUUUGCUCUUCUUUUGUGGUUCCUCAUCCGCAGACUUGUGCUUUUAAUUGCAAACGAGGCUUCACUGAUGGCAGAAAGUGUAGCAGCCAGACGACAAGCAGAAAGUGCGACUGAGGCAGCUCGCAAAAUGCUGGAUGAGAAAGACAACACCCAGAACCUGAAAAAGGAAGAGAAGAAAGAAGUCUCAGGCGAUGAGGCUGCCAGCAUGAAGGAAGAUAUGGAUGUGAUUAAGGCGCGGGAACAGGUGGAGCAGAUGAAAGAAGAACUGUACCAUGCUAGAAUAGAGGUAGAGACCAUAAAGAAACAAGCAGAAUCUGUGAACAGAGAGUAUGACAGGCUGCUGGAGGAGCACAGGCAGUUGCAGGAAAAAAUGACUCAGAAGGAUGGGGCUGGAGAUGUUGAGUCCAAAAAAGAUAACUAGGUUUUUGUAGAAUUGUGUGGAAGUGAGAGCAAACUAUUUUAAAAAAAAAGAUGAUUGAUGCUGUUAGACCUCUGGCAGAAAGAACAAACAAGUGUAGGCAUUACAAUUGUUUUUAACAUUACAUCAAUCUCUCUGUUAAGGCAAAAGGGUUAAUUGGGAAAUUUGCCCUUCUACCCUACUUUAUGUGUAAAAUCUUAGUAAUUGCUUAUUCCUACUUUUGUAAUAGAAUGGAUGUUGAGUUUUCUGCCUGGGGAGAUAAUUGUGCAGAUAAGCUUAGUUAAAGUUACCUUUUUUUGUGUUUUGUUUCAUGCUGUAAUCACCUUAAAAGCUAAACUGCUGAACUUGCAAUAAAUAGUGUCUGUUAUUUCAGUUAGGUACCUGUCAUCCUCUUACAUCCAUACCAGGAAUGUUGUAAUUAAUAUAACCAGGCAUUAAAGAUCACUUUAUGUUUUACUCUUGCAAGUCACAGUUUAGAAAGAAAUAGCCUUCAGUCGCAAGGCAACAAUAACUUUAAAAUGUUUCCACAAUAUCACUUAAGCCUGGUGUCACUCUACAGUCUACUUUGUCAGAAAAUGCAGGAAAAUAUUUGAAUGAAAAGUAUUAAUUAAACCACUCAUAUUUUGAUAUGGCGAGGUUGCCAUGAGCAAUGAUAAUUAAGGACUAGCUGGAGUUCUUAGAGACAUCAGUUGAAAAAUGUUAAAACACUGAUAGAAAAUAUUUUUUAAUUUGUCCAUGCCAAUUUUUUUCAUGCACAAAUACCUUUCAUAUUUAUUUGAACUUGUUGGGUGUGGUGGGUAUAUCCCAGUGUUUUUAAUGGUAGGAUGUUGUGACAUUUAAAGUAAAUUUGUUAUUAUUUUUGUUCUUUGUCUGCAUUCCUCAUGGUUACUCUUGUUCCUUUAAUAAACUGUUUCAAUAUUG